UCAUUCUGUUUUUUUUAUUUUCCAGGAGAACACAGAACUUUUCAGCAUGGUUAAGAACAACAGCGAUAAAAUUGUGAACGAACUGCAUCCUCUGACGGAUUGUGAUAACUUAAAUAAUUCAAAGGAUGUCGAACGACAAAAGACGAACAAUAGAAAUUCAUACAAUGUUACGUCAUCUGUUGCAAAAAACAACAGGAACACACGAAGUCGAAAAGAACGUCUUAUUGCUAAAGCUAACCAGUAUUCAAAUAACUUUACAUUGCACGCAGUGUCUAAAAUUUGCAACGGUAAUUGGUGUGAGAAAUUUGUGUGGAUGAUAAUAUUUCUGGCUUGUGUUGGUUUGGCUGGGUAUGCAUCAUACUCCAUAUACAAUCAGUAUCUUGACCAAGACGUUUAUUUAGUGACUGAAACUGCUGUCACAAAUAAAAAUACCUUUCCAGCUGUCACCUUUUGUAUUGAACGAAACGAGAAGACAUAUUAUUGUGGAUUUGAUAUCAACGCUCGCAUGCCAUUUUACUUGGAUCCAAAUGAGCCAUGUCUAAGAACCAAUGAUGAGACCCCAAUUCGAGAAUACAUUAGUAGGUCCGGGUCCAGAUAUUGGUCUAACAACAUAUUUGAAUUUAGCUGUCCUCGGACCUCACGAUGCACAUAUGAAGAUAUUAAUAGGAAGUUUUUCAAAACAUCAAACAACGUUCGUGGUUCUUGUGUAACGUGGAAUCCCAAUGGAACGUAUUAUAAUGAUGAAGCUGAAAUUGAUCUUGUAGUUGCUGUAUUGAACAGCAAGUUCGAUUCUCAGUUUCAACAUAUCGAAAUUAUCAUCCACGAUAAAGAACACGAUGGAGUGUUUGUGGAAAAGUCAAUUCGAUUGACUCCCGGAAUGAAUAUUGAUAUUUACAUUACGAAAAAAAUUAUCAAACGAUUGGAGACAACAUAUUCUACGAAAUGUGUUAAAAGCAAUUCAAGAAACAUCUUUCCAGGCAAAUACUCAAUCAACAACUGUGUAGAAUCUCACAAAUGCAUUAAAAUUUACAAGCAAUGUGGAGACAUUUACGAUCACUGCCGAAAGUACAUACCUCACAAAAUUGUCCAACAAUAUUUGCGUCCCAAUAUUACUGUAGAAAACGUCACAGAAUGCCUUAAGGCUAGUAAUAAAAGUGUUGAUAUUUCUAAUUGUGCUCGUCCAUGCGAAGAGACUAUCUACGAUGCCACGGCGUUAUCUAAACGUUCCAGCGCGGUUAGAGCCCAAGCGAGGGUAUCCUUGAAGUAUAAGGACAAGUACACUUAUCGCAUAGAAAGAGAAGUCGUGUCAAAAACAUUCUUCGACGUGCUGUCAAAAAUUAGUGGCUUGGUAGCUUUCUUAGUUGGUGCAUCGGUGAUUUUUGUGUUUGAGUUUUUGGCAUACAUAUUCAUUGUAACGUUGAAAUUAUGUGCAUAGAUAUCUUUAUUUUAGUAUUGACAUUAGGAAAUCAGGGUAAGGUUUUAUAAUGACCACGUACGUUUUGAAAAGUAAGUAUUGUUCACCGUGAUACUAAUCUAAAUACUAAUGUAUCUAACUGUAUUUAGAAAUUCACGCUUGUACUUAGUUAGCUUGCGCUUAGUCAACUUUGUUGUCAUUCCUUCAAAGACUUUUGAUUCUCUUUUUACAUUAGAACUUAAAGACAACACAUGGCUCCAGAAUUUUACAGCAUAUAUCAAGAGCUAAUUCUAUGGCAAAAUGUAACUGUAUUUAAAAUUUGCGCUUGUGCAAAUUCCAGGGUUUGUUUAACCAUGCCUCGAAGGAAUAUCUAUUUUAUUUUUACAUGAGACUGGAAGACGAAAAAAAGUACUAAAAUUUAAUCAUAUUUUAGGCACUAAACGAGAAAACAAUAAAAGAUUGAAACUCCUACGGUAAAGAACUUUCUGAAAUGCAAUUGUUAUUUGGUGCAUGAACCACUUAAUACAAUGUUUUGCAUUGUUAAGAGAUAUUGCAUGAUAUGACAUCUUCUUCUCUGUUGAUCAAACCAGUAAUGACUCAGACAAUAUAUCUAGGUGACUUUCGACAUUCAUAAAUUUUCUCUUGAUUAAGGCUUUAGAAACUAGCGGAAAAUAUAGCUAAUGAUUUUUCCUUACUUAUUGUACGCUGAAUGAUGUUACUCCACAUAGAUAAUAAUUAACUAUCACCCUUUAAUUAAAAUGUUACCGCACAAUACUUUUAUGUGAACUACUUUAAAACCAGGUUCACACCAGUACCAACAACGUAAUUCUUACGAUAAUUCGGAUGUUGUUAAAAUAAAAAUUAUAUUUUUUGGUGUGAACAGUCCUGUUAUUCGCAUGUCAUGUUCUCCGUUUGUUAUUUAUUAUUAGUACUGUUUACCCAGGAUAAGCUCUUUAGUUUCUAUAGGAACUGUUAUCAAUGAGGGUCCUGCGAAGGGGUCCUGGUGCAUUUAAAGCUCCCAUUUGAGAUACGUUAAGCAUUUGUACAAAUUGGAUAAGAAUUAGCAUGGGAAUAAACAUCGAAACUUUUUGAUAUUUUUUUAUGCGAAUUGAAAACAUCAAAGCAACACCGCUUGAUUCUUCUUGAUCUAUUACCUAAAUGUAUUGUUUUACGAAGAGUUUAAUCGAAACAAAAAGUUGCUUCGAUUUUUUCUGGUAAAGAAAACGAAGCAUAAAGCAAAAAAGAUCAAGCCAAAAAUACAAUUUUUAGAAGAAGUCAGAAAGUAUCGCUGUAUUUAAGAUAAAACUAACACUGGCUACAAAGAUAAAAUCAGGAAGCUGAAUGCUUAGAGAAAGUAGAAGAAAAUUUGGGUUAUGAGGAAGGUACAUAAUUAAUUUUUAUAUCUGUUUAAUGCUUGGUACCACCAAAAACAAGAAUACACAUAUUCUCGACUUAAAACUGUAAGUCGCGACCAUAAGAAUAAAGUUAUUCGAAAUGAUGUGAACCUACAAUCCCUCACAAAAGCAAUGCCAAUUUUUC